CAACCAAUGGCUUUAGCACAGCACAAAGGUUUUAAGUAAAGGAUGCAGUUGCUACAUAGGUACUAUCAGGGUAUCUGUAUAGUGUAAAGUCACCAUAAUUGGAAUCCUUGCUUCUUCUAAAUUAAAGCCAUGGCUGAAAGAAAGUGGAAACCUUUGGGGAGUAUGGACUGGCUUGACAACAAAAGGGCAAAAGCUCUCAGGGUGUCCAAUGACAGGGAGGCACUUCAGUUAAAGAGGAUUAGGCGAUCCCUUGAUUCCAUGAAGGUAAUGAAUGAGAACUUGCUGAGACAAGAGGAAAGAAAAGUGAAGUGGUGGCUCAGGAAACAAGUACAGGUCUCACCCUCAGGAUCCUAUAAAUCAUUAUACUACAAGCCCUUAAGCUAUUCUGAGUCCAUUCAAGAUGAAACCACAGACACACAGCCAUUCUCUGAGAAAGAGUCUAUUGACAUGCCGUGGAGCCAGUAUGGAGAUCAUCUGCCAAAUUUUGUGAGCUUUCUGCGGCUACCAACUAAAAGACUAAAUAAUGACCGGAAGCAUUCCAAGGAUCUCACACCAUUCAGUGGGAUGGAUUUGCCCAUGCAGGCUCUUUCAGGAAGAAAUCAUAUUGUUCCUAGGAACAGUGGUUACAAUGUGCCUCCACCUAGCAAAGUCACCCAGAAGGCAAGCAUCCCUAGGUAUCCUAGCCUAGACAACAGCAUAUCUCUCCAAGAAACUGUGGCCCUCUUUCCUUCCUUGCAAAGGUUGUCAACGAAAGGAGACAGACCUUCACUCUCGACGGUCCAUCUCCAUAACCAAGUUUCUGGGAACCCAGCUUUGCAGAGAAAGCUCAAGACCAUGAUAGAAAAGGAACAAGAAGAUGACAGUUUGAAGCUGAUAGAGCCAUUGCCUCAGAUCAAACCUGAAGAAAUCUUGAGCUGCAGGUAUCUUCGUUUGUCUCAGAGCAAUAUUGACACAUUGCUGGAGUUAUGUAAAGAGUCUGGGAUUUACAUUGACCUGCAUCCACAUAUGAAAGAAUCAGACAUCGAUGUCAGCACGGUGCUUUCAUCCAAUCCCAGCAGAGCACUGUAGUCUGGAGGUCUUGCCCAAAUUAGAUUGGGCACUGUUCCCACAAUGGCAUGUAAACUGUAAAUUUUUCCACUAGCAUUGGUACUUGGAAGAGCUAGCCACCUUGGGAAUCAAAAGCAUAGUUCAAGAGAAAGUAAGGCACUCUUGCAGGAAUUUGUGAUGCAAUGAUAAAAUGAAUCUUGAACUCACUGCGAGUAAAACUGUGAGUUGAAAUUAUUGUUUUUUCCUCCCAAUUAACAGCAAGGAAAAAUGGUAAAUUACUAAAUAAUUGGGUCAAACAUGUGAAAUAUGUCAUUAAUUGGACUAAAUACGUGAAAUAUAUCAAAUUAAAUGAUGCAAUCCAUUUGUGCACAUUUA